CCCCGUCUGCUUGUUGCCACGAAAUGGUUUUGCUGGACAAUUCGAACUUCAUACUCCGCUUGGAGAAGAUUGCCAAUGCGGCCAAGAAAGAUUCUUCUUUCACAGUAACAUUCAAACGCUACGAUGGCAACAACAAACCCGUGCCUAGAGCUGGAAGACCACCGUUACCCAAGCCAGAUGUCUACAUGUGCCUGGUGCGAGCCCAGUGCAAGUCGCAAAAGAUUUCCACAGUUGUGCGCCAGGAGGAUGUACCCACCAUGAUGGGAAUGUACUCGCAGUUCAUGAAGAGCAAAAUGGACGGCUUGAAACGUGUAAAGAAAGUGAAGAGCAAGGCCAAAGCGACCAAGGGAUAGUCGGAGGGCUUGAGAAAUUCGGGGUUUAGGUACAAAUAUUAUUUGCCUGUUUGCCAGGUUAUUCGUUUUAAAUGCAUUUGCAACCGUA